AUGCCGCAAACAAAGACUACCCCUAGGCUGCCUGAGUUGAAGUGUCCCCGGUGUUCGUCCGCAACAACAAGCAAACAGGCUAUCACGAAGCAUGUGAUAGAAUGUGGAAGAGAUGUAGAGAAGAGCAUCGCUUGCAACCAAUGUAGUUUCCGAACUAUAAAGAAUUAUUAUUUAAAUAGACAUAUUAAGAAGCAUCAUGGGCAACAGAAUGAGCAGACUGAAGAUUCCAGUGCCGAAACAGGAGAUACACCAGUCGAUGUCGAUGAUAUACCGGAGGUUUUUGUCGAGAGCGAUAAAGAUGGUGACUCUGACUGGGGACGUGAGGAUCCUGGUGACUUCAUUAAAGAUCAUCAUGACAGUAGCAGCGGCUCUGACAAGGAGGCUUCCGUGCAUGAAGUGCCGUCCUCAUCUACAGAACAGCAGUCACCCCUUACUGUCAAAGAGGAGCUGGCUAAGGAUUGUGGUGACGUGGUGCCAGUAAUAGGUAGAAUAAUCCGAAAGCCUACUCGACCUGAUAGAGUCGUUUCUUCCGUACCUCAGAGAAGUGCUGUAGGGGCUCAGACCGACCCAUUUGUGUAUAGGCGAUAA